UACGACGCGAAUCGUGUAAGCAAGAGAGCGCGACCGAAAGAGAGGAAGAGAGAGAGGGAGCGGGGAGCAAGCUCCCCUUUGCCUGGCGCAUUCAAGUAAUCUUGAAAAUCCUUGUGCCUGAAGAAAAAUCAAGUUAACAAAAACGCACACGCAAUGGCUGCUUAGUUGGGUGCGCAAAGCGAAAGAGAGAGGGAGAGAGAGAGAGCGUAACAGAGUAAAGAGAUCGCACAUGGAGAGCUGCGCCGACUGCUGUCGCGACUGCAUCAGUUGCUGCGCUGCCGCUGCUAAUUGUUGUGAUGCCAAUUGUCAAUUAAUGCCAACAGCCAGCGAUAAUAUAAGCUAUGAAUACCAUGAGCCUGAGGAGAAUUUCGUAUCCAUUGAUGAUGCCAAAAUAAAGCAGCUGCUGCUACAAAUAGGCGAGCAGCAGCAGCAGCAGGAAGCGCUGCGACGCCAACAGCAGCAGCAGCAACAACAGCAGCAGCAACAAAUUAUAGAACUGUUGGAUGAAGAGGAAGAAACUGCGUCGGCGCCACAGCGUAUUGUGGCUGAGAUUUUGAUUAGCGACAGCGACAGUGACAGCGCUGCGGCAGAGCAGCCGCCGCCAGCUUCAAUUGCUGCGGUCAGCUGUGAAUUGCAAGCGGCAACGCAAAUAAUUGUUUUGCAAUCAGAUGAUGACGACGACGACAACGACGAUGAUGAGGAGGAGAAGGAGCAGCAGCAGCAGAGCGUGGGCGUGGCAAAGUCAGCUGCGCCGCAGCGAGCAGCAAUAUCCAAGCAGCUGACCAGACAAUAUACAAAGCGUGACGCACGCUGGUAUACAAAACGACGUGGGCGUCAGUUCCAUCAGUGCCAGGAGUGCGGCAAGAAGGUGCAGUCCAAUUACAAUCUGCGACGACAUAUGAUGAUACACACAGGCGAACGCCCUUUUCCCUGUGACUUAUGCGGCAGUCGCUUUCGUGAGUUCAGCGACUUGAAGAAGCAUCGGCGACGUCAUCUAAACGAUCCACAGUACUUGUGCAUGAUCUGUGGCACACAAGCGCCCAUGGAGCAUGACUCGACACGCUGCUCAGAGUGCGAGGGCAAGGAGCUGCUGAUAAAGUCUUCAGAAUCCGACGAAGAUAUGGAGCAGGAGCAGCAAGUGCCAGCAGAGCAAGCAGAGCAGCAGCAGCAGCAGCUGCCAACACAGCAUUUUCCAGCUACAUUACAUGUUACACUUGUGCCAUGUUUACCCAAACGCACGCCAGCAGCAGCGCCACCACCACCACCACCAGCUCCUAUUGUUACCAUUGCCGCCGCACGCUCGCCAGCGCCGCAAAGCUGCAGCAGCAGCAAUUCCUGCUCCUCGCUAAGCAACGAUGUAGCGCCCAAGCAGCGGCUGAGCAAAAGCUCACGCAGUCUACGCUGUUAUCCUUGUCCGCUCUGCCAGCGUCCCUUUGGCACGCGGCACAAUCUCAAGCGGCACUAUAUGAUACAUACGGGUGAGAAGCCCUACAGCUGCAGCAAAUGCCGCAAACCCUUUCGCGAGUACUCCACGCUGAAGAAGCAUAUGGUUACACAUAAGCGUGAGCGCUGGUAUAAAUGCCUUAAGUGUCCUGCGCAGUAUCAGGAUUAUUUGCAGUAUGUGGAGCACAAGUCCACACAUGGCUUGGAUGCGGCAGCUACAGCUGGCAAGCUGCGGCAGCGUCAACGCAGCUGCGAUAGCGAGGAUGGCGAUAGCUCUGUUGAGGAUUGGCUGGAGUGCUAUGAGUGCCAAAUGCGUUUUACCCAGCUGGAUGCUUAUACAGCGCAUCUAAAGCAACACGAUCUGCAGCUAUAUGGCAUUAGCGUAGAUGACUUAGAUGAUGAGGAUCAGGAUGUAGAUGUGGCUUAGCCUUAUACACUUAAUAUGCCAGUGAAAAACUUAAUUUAGUUUUUAU